GUACCCAACUAAUUAACAAGGAAAACAAAUCGUGAGAGUUACAUUAAUUGUCAGGAGAAAGAAAAGCAGAGACAUAAUUAAUGACAAUGGGGAAAAACAAAACCACCAUAGUUGCUGCGCUUCAUCUGCUCCUCGUCUUCACUUUGGUUCUCCGUACUACUGCUUCCAUGAAGCCGGGCAAAGGGCUGAUCCCACGUCGUAUUGCUCCUGCUGCUGCUGUUCUAGGUGAGGCUUCGUGCGACAAAGUUUAUGGAGUAGAGGGUGGAGACACUUGCUCGUCUGUGGUGGAAAAAUUUGAGCUGAAUCAAGACGAGUUCUUGGGCAUCAAUCCUAAUGUGAACUGCGAUUCCAUCUUUGUGGGACAAUGGCUCUGCAUUUCUGGCACCGCAUGAAAUUGAUCCUUUCCCACCGAUUACUACUGCUUAAUUAACGUGCAUGGAGAUUGAGAAGAAGCAACUGAAAAAGUCUCUGCCUCGCUUCUUCUCUUCGUAUCUUUUGUUUUCAAUGUGUGCGUUGUUUUCCCUUGUGUAUCGUUUGCAACUAUGGCCGGGUAAUGGGGAAAGAAAAGUCCGCCUUACCCGACCGGCAACUGUAUUCGGAUUGGCUUUGCUUUCUGUACCAAUAAAAUAAAUUAAAAUGUUUUUU